CUUCCAAUUAGGCAGAGAUAAGUGGGAAACUUCCAAUAAUUGAAAUCUGUUUCUCACAUUUUGGAUUGCAUUGACUUUUGUCAUUCUUUCUAGAGCACUUGUUCAUUUUCAACAAAAUCUCCUCACAUGGCCAUGCAUAUCUACACUAGUAUAAAAAAUCCCAAGCCAUGAUGAGAUUCUUUCAUCACAGCCAUGGAUCUCCUAUCCAUUCCCCUCCUCAUCACCCUCUCUCUCCACAUUCUCGCAGCAGAAUCUUCCGAUCCCGCCGCGAAUCUCUGCAACGGCAACAGCAGAGCCAACGCCACAACAUCAAGAAGCAUAGACACCUUACUGCCCAAGCUAGUCUCCGGCACCAUCGAAAGCGGCUUCAUCGCCACCUCCUACGGCGGGGUCUACGGCCUAGCCCAAUGCAGAGGCGACGUCAGCAGCAGCGACUGCGCCUCCUGCAUCCAAGAUGCAGCAAAGGAGGUCCGAACACUCUGCCCCAGCCAAUCAGAUGCAAGAAUUUGGUAUGACUUCUGCUUUCUGAGGUACACCACCUAUAAAUUCUUCGGAGAAGUGGAUACCUCGGGAAUUUUCUUGAUCAACACGCAGAAUGUGAGUGAUCCCAAGGCUUUCAACAAGAAGCUGUCCUCGUUGAUGGAUGAGAUCAGCUCUGAGGCGGUCAGGAGCUCGAGCAUGGGGCUGGGGCGGGGGAAGAGAGAGGUGUCCGAAUUCAUUAAGCUUUACGCGUUGGUGCAGUGCACCAGAGAUCUGUCUGAGCUCAACUGUGCUCAGUGUGUGUCCGUUGCUGUCAGCAAUUUCCCCACAGUUUGUGGGGAUAGGAGAGGCUGCCGCGUGCUCUAUGGAAGCUGCUACGUUAGAUACGAGCUCUAUCCCUUCUUCUUCCCUCUUGAUUCACUCGAGUCUUUGGGUUCGAGUUCUGAGGAGAAGUAUGAGAGAGUCAUGGCUGUCAAGAAUUGAUGUUGUAAUGUUUUUUUUUUUUUUUUUUUCUUUUUGUUUUUUGCUGUUAUGAAUAUCUGGUGUAGUGGAGCUCACCAUGGCCUAAUAAAACUUGUGACAUGUUCUUGAAA